UUAACGGCUGUUUUCCUGAAGCGCCGCCUUCAUUCUUAAACCCUACAGCUCCACCAAACCCUUUUUCUUCCGGGGCCUUUAAUCGAGUUCCCCCGCCAUUUUUACCUCUACCUCCGACCUAAACUCUCCGGCGAGAAAAUGGCUAGAGCUCACCUUGCUCUUUUAUCGUCCGCCAUAACCUCCGCUGUGGCGGCGGUGGAUUGCGCUUACGCCGAUACCUCAUUCCACGUACCCUUGUUUUCCUCUCCUUCUGCUGCUCCUCCUCCUCAAGAUUCUUCCUCCGGCGGCGCUCCUAAUGGAGUUGGCUCUUUGCAGACCCCGCCGCUGGAGGAGAAUAGGGUUCGCAACGACAAUCCCCGGACCACUGCUUCGGGAUUCGAUCCAGAAGCGUUGGAGAGGGGAGCGAAGGCAUUGAGAGAGAUCAAUAAUUCAUCGCACGCCAAGAAGGUUUUUGAGUUGUUGAGAAAGCAAGAAGAGACGAGGCAAACAGAGUUGACUGCAGAGAAAGCAAAGUUCCAGGCUUUACAAUCUCAGCAUGAAACCGAUAGACAACACGUGAUAUAUGAUGAACAAAAAAACCGGGUCCAGCAGCAGGCACAAACGAAGGCACAAAUGGCUCGCUAUGAGGACGAGCUGGCUAGAAAGCGAAUGCAGGCAGAGCACGAAAGUCAAAGAGCUAGAAAUCAAGAACUCGUAAAAAUGCAAGAAGAAUCUUCCAUUAGACAGGAGCAAAUUCGACGGGCUACCGAAGAGCAAAUUCAAGCUCAGAAACGGCAAACCGAGAAAGAAAGGGCGGAGAUUGAGCGCGAGACAAUACGAGUGAAAGCUCUAGCAGAAGCCGAAGGGAGAGCACAUGAAGCAAAACUCGCUGAAGAGGUAAAUAGACGGAUGCUUAUUGAAAAAGCCAAUGCGGAAAGAGAGAAAUGGGUUUCAGCUAUAAAUACAACAUUUGAGCAUAUAGGAGGCGGACUGCGAGCUAUACUAACUGAUCAGGAUAAGUUGGUUGUUGCGGUGGGCGGCGUGACAGCUCUGGCAGCAGGGAUCUACACAACGAGAGAAGGCGCUCGGGUAGUUUGGGGCUAUGUCGAUCGGAUACUCGGCCAGCCAUCUCUUAUCAGAGAGUCCUCGCGAGGGAAGUAUCCUUGGUCUGGUCUCUUUUCCCGUGCAAUGAGCUCAUUGUGGAGCAAACCAAACAAUUCCGCAACAAACAGCAACGGUCUCGGUGACGUUGUUCUCCAUCCUUCCCUUCAAAAGAGAGUUGAACAACUAGCCAAGGCGACUUCCAACACCAAAGCACAUCAGGCGCCAUUUCGUAAUAUGCUAUUUUAUGGCCCUCCUGGAACAGGAAAGACCAUGGUUGCCAGAGAGCUGGCCCGCAGAUCUGGAUUAGAUUAUGCAUUGAUGACCGGCGGAGAUGUUGCGCCGCUAGGAUCGCAGGCUGUGACCAAGAUACAUCAGCUAUUUGACUGGGCAAAGAAAUCCAACCGGGGAUUGUUGCUGUUCAUCGACGAAGCCGAUGCAUUCUUAUGCGAACGGAACAAGACGUACAUGAGCGAAGCCCAACGGAGCGCUCUCAACGCGCUUCUUUUCCGCACUGGUGACCAAUCCAAGGACAUCGUUCUGGCACUCGCAACCAAUCGGCCGGGCGAUCUCGACUCUGCUGUCGCCGAUCGCAUCGAUGAGGUGCUCGAAUUCCCGCUUCCCGGGGAGGAGGAGCGGCUCAAGCUGCUGAAACUGUAUCUCGACAAGUACAUUGUGAAGGCGGGGGAGAGGAAGGGGGGUGUGCUUAAUGCUUUGAAGCCCCAGCCCCAGAAGAUAGAAAUCAAAGGGAUUGGUGAUGAUAUUUUAAGGGAGGCCGCGGCGAAGACUGAUGGGUUUUCCGGCAGAGAAAUAGCCAAGUUAAUGGCGAGUGUGCAGGCUGCGGUGUAUGGAAGCACAGAUUGUGAAUUGAAUCCUGGACUGUUUCGAGAGGUGGUGGAUUACAAAGUUGCUGAGCAUCAGCAGAGAAGAAUGCUGGCAGGAGGUGGUGGUGCUUCAGGUCAAGCCUGAUGCUUUACAUACAAUGGAGAAGCAGGUCAGGAACUGCUCUAAUUUUUUUCCUUUUAAGAGUAUUUUCUUAGCUUAGUUUUCAAUGGUUGCUGCCCUGAGGGUCGAAUUUUGGUUCAAAUAUUGAUGAUUUUUGGUAUUUAUAGGAUUUAUCAUUCAUUUAUAUUGUUUUUUUUUCACUUGGAUUAGUAUUAAUUUCGGGUAAAGGGGUUGUUUGGUUUUUGUAAAUGAGGAAUUUGUUUUUGUAAAUC